AUGGGUUCACCGAUUUCAGGACUCAUAGCCGAGGCAGUCCUACAACGGUUGGAGUCACUUGUCCUCAAACACCACAAACCGAAAUUCUGGACGCAGUAUAUGGAUGAAAUUUUCGUCGUCAUCGAACGGGAUCAGGUGUUCACGUUCAAGGAACAUCUCAGCAGCGUCUUCCCGGACCUACAAUUUACGAUGGAGGAGGAAGAGAACAACCCGCUGGCCUUCCUUGAUGUCCUCGUCUCUCGCAAAGAUUGUUGUGGCCUAAAGACUAAAGUAUUGGAGAAAGCGACAAACACGAUGCAAGUCAUGAAUUUGUAG